CUCGCGGCUCCGGGUCCCGGGUCCUGGAGCGGCCGGCCAGGCGGCGGCGGCGGCGGCGGCGGCGGCGGCGGCGAGGAGGGGGCGUCGGGCGCGGAGCCGAUGCCUGGCGCAGGGCGCGGGUGACGGGGAUCUCGGGGCGGGGCGCCCUGACGGACGCGGCCAGGUGUGUCGAGGCGACGGCGCCCGCGAGCGGGGGGACCGCGCUCAGCGGCCGGAGCGUUGGGCCGCAGCACUAGCCUCACCGAGAAGGACCUGAAAGAGGCCAAGGCGCGGAGCCAGCAGAUCGCAGCCCAGCUGACCACCCCUCCCAGCUCCAAUUCCCGUGGCGUCCAGCUCUUCAACAGGCGCCGGCAGAGGGUGAACGAGUUCACCUUGGAGAGCCACGGCCAGAGGGCACCGAAGCCCAGCCCGGAGUCCCUCAGAGUGCUCCCUGCACGCCCCACAGGCCAUGCCCCAGGGCUCAGCCUGAGUCCCACCUCACCGCCUGAGCCAGGCCCUCCAAGGCACCCCGAUCCCCAGAGCCCCGGCAGAGGGGUCCCUGGCCACAGCAUGGAGGGCUACUCAGAGGAGGCCAGCUUGCUGCGGCACCUGGAGAGGGUGGCCAGUGAGGAGGAGGAGGUACCGCUGGUGGUUUAUCUGAAGGAGAACGCAGCCCUGCUGACGGCCAAUGGGCUCCACCUGUCCCAGAACCGAGAGGCCCAGCAGUCCCCGCCCACCCCUCCUCCGGCCGAGGCCCACAGCCCGGCUGCAGAUGUCAACCAAAACCUUCCCUCGCCCAGUGCCACCCUCACCGCACCAGCUUCUAACAGCGGCCACAACCUGCCAGCCACUGAUGUCAAUCAGAACCCACCGACAACUGUCGUCCCGCAGAGCCUGCCUCUUGCUAGCGCCCAACAGAAUUCCUCAGAGGCCCAUCUCCCGCCGAACGGCACAGUGCCAGAUGCCAAACCCAGCACCCUGUGUGCCGACGGGCAAGCCCAGGGGCCAGGUGCGGAGGUGAGAUCCAGCACCCUCCUAAUUGACAAGGUAUCAACUCCACCUACCACCACCAGCACCUUCUCCAGGGAAGCUUCCAUCAUUCCCGGCUCCGGGGCCUCAGCCCCCGAUUUCAUGUCCAGCUCCCUACUCAUCGACGUCCAGCCCCAUGCGCUAGUGCUGUCAGCAGAACAAGAGAUGUCUGGGCGGGCAACCGCCACCACGCCCACCAAGGUGUACAGCGAGGUCCACUUCACACUGGCCAAGCCCCCCUCAGUGGUCAACAGGACGGCCAGGCCUUUUGGCAUCCAGGCGCCAGGGGGCACCGGCCAGAUGGAGCGGAGCCCCAUGAUAGAGAGACGACAUCUUGGGGAGAAGGCCUCGGCUCCCCAGCCCUCCAGUGUGGCAGACAGGAGCCCCCGGCCACAGAGACACAUGAUGUCCCACAGCCCCAUGGUGGAAAGGAGGCUGGUGGGGCAGCGCAGCCCGGCCUCGGAGAGACGCCCUGUGGGGAACUUCGCCCCACCCCCCACCUACGCUGAGACUUUGUCCACAGCCCCUCUGGCUUCCUGGGUCCGGUCCCCUCCGUCUUAUUCUGCCCUGUACCCCAGCUCUGACCCCAAGCCUUCUCAUCUGAAGGGCCAGGCAGUUCCUGCCAGCAAGACGGGCAUUCUGGAGGAGUCGAUGGCCCGCCGGGGCAGCCGGAAAGCCAUGUUCACCUUCGUGGAGAAGCCCAAGGUGACCCCAAAUCCAGACCUGCUGGAUCUGGUACAGACGGCCGAUGAGAAGCGGAGGCAGAGGGACCAGGGGGAGGUGGGCGUGGAGGAAGAGCCCUUCGCCCUGGGGGCCGAGGCCUCCAACUUCCAGCAGGAGCCAGCACCUCGGGACAGGGCCGGCCCUGCAGCCGCUGAGGAGGCUGUUCCAGAGUGGGCGUCCUGCCUCAAGUCGCCCCGAAUCCAGGCCAAGCCAAAGCCCAAACCCAACCAGAACCUCUCCGAGGCCUCUGGGAAGGGGGCUGAGCUCUAUGCCCGCCGCCAGUCACGGAUGGAGAAAUACGUCAUCGAGUCUUCAGGCCCCACGGAGUUGGCCCGCUGCCCUUCCCCCACCAUGUCCCUGCCUUCAUCCUGGAAAUACUCCACUAACGCCCCCGGGGGCUUCCGAGUGGCCUCCCGAAGCCCAGCUCGGACCCCGCCUGCCUCCCUCUACCAUGGGUACCUGCCUGAGAACGGGGUCCUGCGCCCAGAGCCCACCAAGCAGCAGCCGCCCUACCAGCUGCGGCCCUCGCUCUUUGUCCUCUCGCCCAUCAAGGAGCCUGCCAAGGCCUCGCCCAGAGCGGCCUCGCCCAGAGCGGCCUCGCCCGCCAAGCCCAGCUCCCUGGACCUGGCGCCCAGCCUGCCCAAGGCAGGUCUCCCUCCGUCGCCUGCCCUGCCUCGGCCCUCCCGCUCCUCCCUGGGCCUCUGCACCUCACCUGGCCAGGACGGCCUCCAGCCCACUGCCGUGAGCCCUCCCUACGGCGGCGACAUCUCCCCCGUGUCUCCCUCCAGGGCGUGGCCUCCCCGAGCCAAGCAGGCCCCCAGGCCCUCCUUCUCCACCCGGAACGCCGGGAUCGAGGCUCAGGACCGCCGGGAGAGCCUGCCCACCUCCCCGCCCUGGACGCCGGGCGCGUCCCGGCCCCCCAGCAGCCUAGACGGCUGGGUGAGCCCGGGGCCGUGGGAGCCGGGCCGCGGGAGCAGCAUGAGCAGCCCGCCGCCGCUGCCGCCGCCGCCGCCCAUGUCCCCAUCGUGGAGCGAGCGCUCCGUGUCCCCGCUGCGACCCGAGAGCGAGGCGCGACCCCCCAGCCGCCAGCUGCAGGCGCUCCUGGCGCGAAACAUCAUCAACGCGGCCCGGCGCAAGAGCGCCUCCCCGCGGCCGGCGGGCGCCGAGAGCCUGCGGCCCUUCUCCCCGCCGACGGCGCCGCCGCCGCCGCCGCCGCCGCCGCCGCGCAUGCGCUCGCCGCAGCCCGCCCGCCCGGGCCCGGCCUCCGCGCCGGGGGCAGCUUUCGCUCCCAUCCCGCGGAGCCCGCUGCCCGCCGGGCCUUCGUCCUGCUCCAGUCCCCGGAGCCCGCUGCCCGUGCCGCCCAGGCCCUUCCUCUACCGCCGCUCGCCCACGGACUCCGACGUAUCCCUCGACUCCGAGGACUCCGGUGCUAAGUCGCCCGGAAUCCUCGGCUAUAACAUCUGCCCCCGCGGGUGGAACGGCAGCCUGCGGCUCAAGCGUGGCAGCCUCCCCGCUGAGACAUCCUGCACCACCUAAAGCCCCGCUGCCCAUCCCCAACCCCUGGAAGGCUGAGCCCGAGGAAGAGUCACCAGGCUUGGGGAACCCAAGGGGUUUGGCCUCUUUGGACAGCCCCAGAGAUAAGGGAUCAGGGGAGGAGAGCACUGGGUUUGGGGAUGGGUGAGGGACGCAAGCUUGGGUAACAGCCCUUGCUCUACCAUUCAGUUGAUGUGUGACCUGGGGCAAGACCCUUCCUCCAUCUGACCCUCAGCUUUCCCGUCUGUUUAAUGUGGCUUCUGCCAAGGCAAUCUCCAAACGUCUAAAUUCCACCCUCCUCCCCGGUCAACACAUACACACACACACACACACACACACACACACACACACACACGUGCCUUGGAAGAGGUAGGGUGCUGUGUACAUGGGCCCUUAGACUUGCCACAUCGAGGGUUCCAUACUCCUCCCUCCCUCCCCUCCUGGCUCUGCAAGUGAGGUGUGUUCAGAAGAUCCUAGGCCUAUGUCCCAUGGCCAGGCCCUGGCUUGACCAUCCGGCUCCCUGGCACCAAGUCCCAGGCAAGAGCAGCUGUUUUCCAUCCCUUCCCAGACAAGUGCUAUUUUUCCCACGGUGACCUUUAGUGAGGUCUCCCAGGCCAGCUCAAGGUGCCCUGCUGGCCCUCUGAAGAGAAGAGGCAGGAAGAUGUUCCCCUGGCCUUUUCAUGCUAUUUUCUCCACCCCAGCUCAGGUUAACCAUGGCAUCUUAUCUGCAGCCAGGGAAGACAGCUAUAAGGCAAUGAUUUCCCCCAGGUCCAGGACUUGGGCCUCCAGCCCAUCUGUCCCUUUUGGGCCCAUUCAUGGCAGGUUCUGGGCUCAAACCUGAGCUGGGGAGAGAAGAAGAGAGAUGCAGCCUGUGCCUCUGAUUGUCCUCACUUUGGGGCUGCCUAUUUGAAAGAGGGAAGCAAAGAGUUCGUUGUUAUGGGAAGUAUGCAAGCUGUGGCCAGGAUGCCUAGAGGAGGUUCUAGCAGGGGACAGGAUUGGCUCAGAGGACCUCUGAGUCCUGAAUUGCAUUCCAUGGUGUUAGGAAGUGGGGGAAGGUGGUGGAGGAGGGUUGACUGGGCAUGAAUUCUGGGGCAGAUGGGCUUGGGUGGUUGAGUGAGGGAUGAUGCCAGGAUCUGCCUGUGUUUCUGGCCUCCUAGGAAGUGCCUGCUCUUCAGUUUCAGAUCCCAGCCCCAGUGUCCAUAUCAUGCCCAGAAGAGUGCACACUGUCCCAGCCCAUUUCUUUCCCACUGCACUCUGGCCUAGCUAGUGUCUGCUGCCCAGCGACCUUGGGGAACCUGGCUGUAAGCCCUAGCCUGUCCCUUAAACUUUGGUGGCUCUGAUUCCGUUCCCCAGGAGGGACACAGGGAGGAAUGUGGCUGAGUUCUGUAGUUUCCAAAGGUGCCUGGUAGUGCCUUCUAGAGGUUCAGAAUAUCAGCUUCAGGAUACUCUAGGGAGAUGGAAUUGGUCGAGGAUCAAAGGUAUGUAGGUGAAAGGAUACCAGGAUGUUGCUAAAGGUGAGGGACAGAGUGUGACUUGGGGACUUAGCCAACCAUCAGGGUGAUGUUCGAUCUGGAACCCCCAAGUGAGGCUGGGGAAAGUUAGGGUCAGGAUGAAAGAUAGGGUUGGGUGGGGUGCUUUGGAAUAAUGGCGUGAUCCCAGAAGGUUCCUAGGGUCGAAGGAAUGGGGACAUGGGUCCUGUUGGUGGUAAGAUGAGAGGGUGCUCCUGCUCAGUUAGUGAUGAGUGACCACAUUUACCGAAGCCACCACCUACUGCAGGGUCCCUUAUAGCACAGGAGACUGGGGCUAAGGGCCCCCAGCAGAGAAGAGACCCGAUGAGACCUCUGCUGCAGUGGCGUAGAGGAUCCACUUCUACCUGCAUUUCCCCAAGGGCCAGCAGGAGGCAGCCUUGCAAAGCUGCAGCUCCUACACCAGUCUCGGCUGUUCUCUUAUCGUCACUGCCCUCUCCCCCCUCCUCUCCUUUGACCCACUAGCGCUUGCCUGUGUCCUGCGUCUUGCCUCCUGUAGAAUUCAGCUCUGGUCCUCAAUAAAUGCUUCCUGCA